AUGGCGCAUCCGCAGCCGGUCUUUGCCCCUGGGCGCGACGACCGCCGGCCCUUUCAACACACACACGCAACGGCGGAGCAUGCCGCGCUGAUUCAGUCCCGGGAGACGGGCGACGUCAUUCCAGACGACACCCUUGUGGCGCCCAGGGGCCAAGUCAAGGCGCUGCCGUUUGCCAAGUCCUGGGUGCAUUUCAUGGCCGGAGGUAUCGGCGGUAUAACGGCCGCGACACUCACCGCUCCGCUCGAUGUCUUGAAAACCCGACUCCAAUCCGACAUUUACCAAGCCCAGCUGCGCGCGGCGCAGGCCAUGCAGGCGCAGACGGCGCGCAACCCGCUCUCGGCCGCCUUUUACCACCUCGGCGACACGUUGCAGAUCCUGCGCACGGUGCAGCGGACCGAGGGCACAAAGGCGCUGUUCAAGGGUCUGGGUCCGAACCUGGUGGGCGUGGUGCCGGCGCGCGCCAUCAACUUUUACGUCUACGGCAACGGCAAGCGCAUCCUGGCGGAGCGUUGGAACGACGGCAAGGAGGCGCCGUGGGUGCACAUGCUGGCGGCGGGCGCGGCGGGCAUCGCGACGUCGACGGCGACCAACCCCAUCUGGAUGAUCAAGACGCGAAUGCAACUCGACAAGAACGUGUCCCAGCGGGCGGGUACGGGCGCCGAGGUGCACCGGCGGUACCGCAAUAGCUACGACUGCGUGCGGCAGAUUGUGCGCGAAGAGGGCGUCCGCGGCCUGUACAAGGGCAUGAGCGCGAGCUACCUGGGCGUGGCCGAGUCGACGCUGCAGUGGGUGCUGUACGAGCAGUUCAAGGCGUACCUGGCGCGUCGCGAGCUGCAUCUGGAGAGAAGCGGCCGCGAGCGGACGGGAUGGGACCGCGCCGUUGCGUGGACGGGCAACUUUGGCGCCGCGGGCGUCGCCAAGUUUGUCGCUGCUGUGCUGGCCUACCCGCACGAGGUGGCGCGCACUCGCCUGCGGCAGGCGCCCGUGGCCGACGGCCGCCUCAAGUACACGGGGCUUAUUCAGUGCUUCCGGCUCGUCUGGAAAGAGGAGGGCCUCAUGGGGCUGUACGGUGGCCUGACGCCGCAUCUCCUCCGUACGGUGCCCAGCGCCGCCAUCAUGUUUGCCAUGUAUGAGGGUAUACUCCGCCUCUGCAACACCCCGGCCUAA